AUGUGUUGCUCCUGCGGCCAGCAGCCUAUUAAAGCCAGAAAUGAGUGUGACAAAUGCGACUGCUGUGGUGGCCACAUUCAGUGCCCCCUUUCCCCGAGCUGCUCACACUUUAGAGACCAGCUCAUUAACUCACUGCAAACCCAGAAGGGGCUGAGGCUCGUCAAGGAAGCUGCAGAGUGGGUCCAGGGCUGGAUGAGAAAGGCAGAGGGUGGCUGCUUCUGCGCUUUGAGACCAGGCAAGAGGGGGGAAAGAAGGGAAGGUAUGGACCCCUCCCAGCACCAUUACCCCAGUCAUGGAGAAGAUGGCUCCUCGUGA